AUGUCGUGCGCCACCCAUAAACACAACUCCAGUGAGCGAAAUCAAGCGAAGAAAACGGCAGCAGUAAGAAGUAGCACGUUCUCUUCCCAAGUUUGUUUAGAUAUCGAAGAAAUGUCAUCAUCUAUCCAAUUACUUAACCCUAAGGCCGAGUCAUUAAGGCGUGCCCAAGCGUUGCAAGUGAACGCUGCCGCCGCCCAAGGUUUACAGCUGGUGUUAGCAUCCAACUUGGGCCCCAAAGGUACACUCAAGAUGUUGGUUGAUGGAUCUGGAGGGAUUAAAUUGACCAAAGAUGGUAAAGUUCUUCUCAGCGAAAUGCAAAUACAACAUCCUACUGCCGUUAUGAUUGCUAGAGCAGCUACUGCGCAGGAUGAAAUCGCUGGUGAUGGUACAACUACCGUGGUGCUUCUUGUAGGUGAGUUGUUGAAGCAGGCUGAGAGAUUUAUCAGCGAAGGUGUUCACCCAAGAGUCAUCACCGAUGGGUUUGAGGUUGCCAGAGAAGCCUCUUUGAAGUAUUUGGAUUCAUUCAAGACCACCCCUUCCAAGUUCGAUAGAGAAUUAUUGUUACAAGUUGCCAGAACUUCGUUGGCCACCAAGGUGAACAGCGAACUUGCCGAAGUAUUGACCCCCAUCGUUACAGAUGCCGUUUUAAGUGUCAAGGGUGCAGAAGACAACAAGAACUUUGAUUUGCACAUGAUUGAAAUCGUUUCUAUGCAGAAUCAAACUCCAAAGGAUACCCAGUUGAUUAAAGGUUUAGUGUUAGACCACGGUGCAAGACACCCAGAUAUGCCAAAGAGAGUCGAGAAUGCUUUUGUGUUGACAUUAAACGUUUCCUUAGAGUACGAAAAGACUGAGGUUAACUCUGGAUUUUUCUACUCCAGUGCUGAACAGAGAGAAAAAUUGGUCGCCAGUGAAAGAAAGUUUGUCGAUGAGAAGUUGAAGAAAAUUGUUGACUUGAAGAACGAAGUUUGUGGAUUGGACUCCAAUAAGGGAUUCGUUAUCAUAAAUCAAAAGGGUAUCGACCCUAUGUCGUUGGAUGUGUUGGCUAAGCAUAACAUUUUGGCCUUGAGAAGAGCCAAAAGAAGAAACAUGGAAAGAUUACAAUUAGUCUGCGGCGGAGAAGCCCAGAACUCAGUUGAUGAUUUAUCGCCAGAAAUAUUGGGAUAUUCCGGAUUAGUCUACGAGCAUACUAUUGGUGAGGAAAAGUUUACAUUCGUCACUGAAAACAAAGACCCAAAGUCUGUCACUAUAUUAAUUAAAGGUGCCACAAACCAUAUCUUGCAGCAAACCAAGGAUGCAGUUAGAGACGGUUUGAGAGCAGUUGCUAAUGUAAUCAAGGAUAACUCCUUAUUACCUGGUGGAGGAGCCUUUUUCUUGAGUUGUAAUGAUCAUUUAUUGAGUAAAGAGAAUAAGAUUGCGGUUGGCAGAUCUAAGACAGGUGUCAAGGCAUUCGCUGAGGCAUUAUUGGUAAUUCCAAAGACUUUAGCUACAAAUGCCGGAUUAGAUUCCUUAGAAACAAUUUCCAACUGUCAAGAUGAGAUUAACGACGAUAGAAUUGUGGGAAUUGACUUAAAGAGUGGAGAACCAAUGGAUCCAUCUAUUGAAGGUAUUUGGGAUUCUUAUAGAGUUUUAAGAAAUGCAAUUUCUGCUGCAACAGGUAUUGCAAGUAAUUUACUUUUGUGUGAUGAGUUAUUAAAGGCCGGUAGAUCGUCUUUGAAGCAGGGUCCGCAACAAUAA